AUGUUCAAAACUGUAUUGACCAGAAGAGUUGUCAACCCCGCAUCCGCACGGUUAUUCUCAACCACUCCAAGUGUCCUCGGCACAAAAGUGUUUUUCAAAACUUCGAUUGAUGGAGAAUUGCAACCACCAAUCAAGUUUGAAUUGUAUGAUGAGAUUGUUCCCAAAACAGCUGAGAACUUUAAAGUCUUAGCCACUGGAGAAAAGGGCGUUGGAUAUAAGGGAUCCAUCUUCCACAGAGUCAUUCCACAAUUCAUGUUGCAAGGAGGUGAUUUUGAAACCGGAAAGGGAUACGGGGGUUACUCUCCUAUCCAUGGUAAGAAGUUUGAAGAUGAAAAUUUCGAAAAGAAGCACAACAAACCUGGUUUAUUGUCCAUGGCCAAUGCUGGACCAAACACCAAUGGAUCACAGUUUUUCAUCACUACCGUUCAAACUCCUUGGUUAGAUGGCCACCAUGUCGUUUUUGGAGAAGUUAUUGACGGGUACGACGUUGUGAAAAAAAUUGAGAGUUACGGAACUCAAUCAGGAACUCCAACCGCCAAGAUUGUGAUUGAAGAAUCGGGAGUAGAGGAAGAGAAAUAG